AUGCUCCUCCCCAACCCCCUCUCCGUCCUUGGCCUCCUGGGGCUGAACCCCGCCAUCUCCAACCCGCCCGAGUGGUACGAUACCACGACGGCGCUGAUCACGCAGGGCCCGCACUGGCUCCUCAGCGCGCCCGACACGACUCCGGGCGGCAAGGUCGUGCUCGAACACACACGCCCGCGCGCCGGCAUCCUCCCGCGGCACCGCUGGGUCGUCGCGCGGCACGGCGACACGCUCCUGCGCGCGUACGGCACCGACCUCUGUCUCAGCGUUGACACAUACGGGAACGGGUGGGCGCCCGUCGACGGCGACAGCGUCGUCCUCGUGCGCUGUCCGGAGAGGGAGGAGCGCGCGACGCUGUGGGCUUGGGAGCGCGCGGCGGACGGGCAUGCGUUCGCGCUUACGGCGGACGGCGAGGGCGAGGAUCGCAAGUUUUGGCUCGCGCGGCCGGAUGGCGAGGGGCCGGUGAGCGUCAGCGAGCGGUGGGGCGAGACCGUCAUGUGGGGCGUCGAGCGGCUUGAUUGGAUCGACUGA